GCUGCUGAGGCGGGGAGCGGCUGCCGGCUCGCUCUGCCCCGCUCGGCGCGGAGGGGAUCGCGGGGUGGGCGCCGCCGGCUCAGCCGCCCGUGAGGGGAAGGGGCGCGAUGCUGGCCGACAGCCUGGUGGAGGAGUUCGAAAUCCGCGAGGAUGAGCCCUGGUACGACCAGCAGGACCUGCAGCAAGAUCUUCACCUUGCUGCUGAGCUUGGGAAAACACUACUGGACCGUAACACUGAACUAGAAGAAUCCUUACAGCAAAUGUAUGCAACAAACCAAGAGCAGUUGCAGGAGAUAGAGUACCUCACAAAGCAAGUGGAGCUCCUGCGGCAGAUGAAUGACCAGCAUGCAAAAGUCUAUGAACAGCUGGAUGUGACAGCAAGAGAACUGGAAGACACUAAUCAAAAACUGGUUGCAGAGAGUAGAGCUUCACAACAAAAGAUAAUAAGCUUGACAGAGACUAUUGAAAGUCUACAAACACACAUAGAUGACCUGCAGCGACAAGUGGAAGAACUGAAGAAGCCUGGACGGGGCCAGAUGAGCCAGGAGAGAUCUGAGCAGCCCAGAUCAAUGCACAGCUUCUCAUGUCUGAAGGAGCUCUAUGACCUCCGCCAGUAUUUUGUUUAUGAUCACGUCUUUGCAGAGAAGAUCACUUCAAUGGAUAGUCAGCUAAGUCCUCUGGAAGAAGAAAAUGAGAAGUUAAAGAAGGCAGUGACAGUUCUGCAAGCCCAGCUGAACCUAGAGAAAGAGAAGAGGGUAAGCAUGGAAGAGGAAUACAGUCUUAUGGUGAAAGAGAACUGUGAGCUGGAGCGGAGGCUGGUGGACACAGACUUGUAUCGGGCUCGUGCGGAGGAACUGGAGGCAGAAGUAGCUGAAAUGCGACAGAUCCUUCAGUCUGAAAACACGCUCCAUAAUGCAGAGAAAUUGGUGCCAGAAUCCUUUUUCAUUUCCUUCAAGGAAUCUCUAGACAGGGAGCUUGGUCAGAGCCUGGCAGAUGAUGGACUUGUGACGGUAUCAGAGCUUGAGAAGAAGGCGCUGAAGCGGAGCAGCAGCGAAGGCCUCCUGAGCAGCGCUGCCGGGGCAGACAUCCUCAGGGGCCACGAGGAAACCUGCAUUAGGAGAGCUGAGGCUGUGAAGCAGCGAGGAAUCUCUGUACUCAAUGAAGUUGAUGCUCAGUACAAUGCUCUAAAAGUGAAGUAUGAGGAGCUUUUGAAGAAGUGUCAAAUGGAUGAAGAUUGUUUGAAACACAAGGCUGUACAAACACUGAAGCAGUAUUCCAAAGACCUAAAUAUGGGGAGCACCCAGUAUGAUCUUUCAGCUAGCAAUCAAGAAUUCACAAUUGCUGAGCUCAAUGACUCUUCCACAAAUGCUCCCCCUGAAUAUAAAGCACUAUUCAAGGAGAUUUUUAGCUGUAUCAGAAAAACAAAAGAAGAAAUAGAUGAACACAGAGCGAAGUACAAGACUCUGUCCUCUCAGCCAUAACCUUCUGUGUUAGUCAAGAACACACUUCUAUGAAUGUCAGAAGACCCCUUAAACGGAUGUGUUUCUUGAGCACUCAGAAUGAAUGUUUUGGAUUGGCUGGUAGUCCUGUAGUUAACAAGCUAGUUAGUUAUCAGCUAGAUUCCCUGUUCCUGUGUAGCAGUAGAUUUAAUGUUUAGCACUGUCGCACAAACUAGUGGUUGUAAAGCAAACAAACAUCAUAGCUUAAUGCUACACUACUACUUCAUAUUACACUUCACCUCUGGCCAGAGCAGUGACUGACACUUGUUUCCUUCGUCCACUUCGGAAAUAACGGAGCUGAGAACUCUUAAUCUCUCAAAUGAACCAGACUAAAGCUUUUCUUUGGUUCACAGGGCUGAUCUGGGCCUGUGACUACACUGAUGUAGAAAAUGAACAAAAGCCCCACCAGUCCCAGGGGCAGCAUCUCCUCAGCACCAGGAGGGGAGUGGUCCAGCUCAUCUUGCUUUGGCAGGGUGGUGGAAAGCUGUGCUUGCUUUAAGCCAGUAACACAUUUUCACAAUCACUAAACUCUCCCACAGAUUAGUAUAAAUGUCUUCCUACUAAGAAAGGAUUUGAUGUAAAGUUUGUGUGGCUUUUUAGAUACGGUUUCCUUUGUAGGGCACUUUGUCUUAAGGCAAGAUACUGUGAAUUUACUCUACGUGUUAUUUGGGACCUACGGUUCUCUGGUGGAAUGUCUGCAAAGUCCAUUUUAUGUGUAUUUGGAAAGUUAGAGUUGUUAUUUAGCUAUUUAACUUUAGAAGUAGCAUUGACAUAGUUGAGUAGCUUUUAAUGUUGCAUACCACAAACUCCAAGUGCUUGAAGAGACAGGCCAGGUAAAAAACCUUACAUUGUUCUGUCUGUCGCUUCCAGUGUCGGCCUCUCUGGACCUAUUCCUGCUGCCUGGGGGUGGGAGGAUGGACACUAUUGCCAGCACAUAUCCUACUGAAAAUGGGACCACGCUCCCGUUCUCCCUCUCCUUUUCCACUCCCUGAUA